AUGGACGAGAUUCGUCACGCGAUUCGCCACGGCCGCGACUUAGCGACUCGAGGCGCCUACGAGCGCGCGCGAGAGACGUGGAAAGCAGCUCAACGCAGCGCUUACCUCGCUCAAGACCGCGCUGCUCUGUUCGUCUUGUCGGUCAAUAUUGGAGAGGCGUGUGUCCGUUUGGCAACGCAGUCUUCAGAUUCUAGAAACGAUCGAACACGGCAACAAGUUACAGAAGCAAAGGCGAAUCUCGAGUAUGCGCUGCAGUUGGUGACAGAGUGUGGGUUUGAACGAGGGGUGGAACAAAACGGCACUUUAUCUCGAGGAGUGCGGCGAGCUGAGACGUUGCAGGAUGAGGUGGCAAAGCUGUUGGACUCUGUGAUGCAAGUGGUGGAAGAAGGACCGAUCGUGAGGGAUGACGAGACGGAGGUUGGGUGUGCCACGUGUGGAGAACGUGGAGGGAAGCGAGAUAAGAUGGUGCUGGAUGAGAGGGACAGCUGCUAUUACUGUCGAGAGUGCUAUGACGAGUAUUAUGCGACGACGGCGAUUGGUGCUGGUGGUCAUCAGAUUGGCGACGAGUCAAGUGUGGGUGAAGCUAGGAAAGUGGCGGAUAAAGAAAAGUGUGAUGGAUGCUAUGGUGAUGAGGAAGGAGACGUGGUUGUUGAUACUGUUGCGUCCCAGUCGAGACGGACAGUUGAUAGUGUUGUGCGUCAUGAAAAGAAGGACGAACGGAUCACUGAAGUAGAUGGAGAAACGACUGAUAGAGUCGUAGUAGAUCGUAUCCGAUACGACCGUGUCGAUCUAGGAUCACUCGCAGACUUUCUGGCUGGAAGGAAUGAGGUUGGCGACAACGCAGAGAAGCUGAGAAGUAGUAAGCCGAUCGGCGGUAUGGAUGAUACAACUGUAUCAGUAGCAGCCGCUCUUGCUGAUGACUGCCACGUCCAAGUAUGCAGCAAAAAGCCUUCCGCAACAAGUGACAAAUUGCGGGAGAUGCCUCGUGAGACAUGUCUAGCUACAUCGGAGGAAGUCGCUUCGUGCACGGAAGAUACAGAGCUGGUGGACGAGGACCCAGCCGAUCAAUCUCAGGAAGAAAGACGCAAGUACUCGGUCGUCCAAUUGCUGGAACUUCGAAAGGUCUCGCCUUGCGGUUGUCCAGAGUCUCUCUUGGAGUCUCCCGUGCGAGAUGACGGUUCAGUUUGCAACCGCUCUCAUAGUAGAGCUGGUUCUUCUCGUAAGGCAUCAAGCACCAAGUCGUCGUCACGAUCAGCGGCAUGCAGUAGGCCAAAUGGCACAGUCAUCAGCGACUUUGCACCGGCCAAAACGUCCGAAAACCCCGAAGCUACACUGUUGAGCUCCCCACUUCCGUCAUUGGCAUUGUGCGAUACGUUGCGUGAAGUUUUUCAGCAUACACAGCAAACGGAUAUCGCUGCCAGCUGCCACAACAUGAUGAUAGCUUCUGGAGCAUCAAAUACGUUGUCGUGUAAUUUGUCCAGCAUCAUGCCGAUUACGGCAGUAGUGUCUGACAAUAACUCGGCUUUGCACGAUUGUGCAGGUCGUGAGCAGCAGCAGCAGCAGUCGACUGUGUAA